AUACCAGUUUGCAUCAGUAUCUCAUUAAAAAUGCAUUUGCUUUUCUACUUAUUUUUAUUUGGAUUAAUUAAUGUGGCCCUAGGCAGGAAGUUACCGGAAUUCUUACAACCAUGUCAGAAAUCAUUGAUAGAAGUUGGACCUUGUAUAUUGAAAAACGUAGAACUUGUUCGACCUCGACUUGCAAAUGGUAUUCCAGAAUUGCUCAUUCCACCAACGAAUCCAUUUACAUUUCCAGAAGCAACCUUAAAAACAAGCGGGUUUGAGAUUAAGUUUACCGACAUAAAAAUAUUUAAAUUGGACACAAUUGAAGUAAAGGAAUUUCAGUUCAAUACAGAGACUCUAAAAAUAAAAAUUUCUGUAGUAUUUCCGGUGAUUAUAGGACAAUCAAUAUACAAAGUAAAAGGAAGAGUAUUAGUGCUAGAUGUCGAUAGUUCUGGUGACUUUUAUGGAAAUUUCUCAUCGACAUCUGCUACUGUGGAAGGAACAGGCAAAUUGGUAACGAAAAAAGGCAAACAGUACUUGGAUAUCAAUGAUUCUGCCUUUGAUGUACAUGUUGGAACCGGAUUCUUUAGUUUUGCUAAACUUUUUGGUGAUAAUGAAGAAUUAACUAUAAAUGCAAACAGAAUUAUCAAUGAAAAUGUUGGAGAGAUUCUUGACGAACUACACCCAGUGUCUGUGGCCACUGUUAAAGGAAUAGUCAUGGGAGUUGCUGGUCGAAUUUUCAACCGAUUUUCUUUUGAAGAAUUAUUUCCUUAACUAAAAUUUACUUAUUGCUUUAUAAUCGCCAAGUAUAUUAAAACCCUAUUUUUAAAACCUUAUGUUAUAUUAACCAACCUUUUUUUAUUAAAAAACAGUUAUGU